UCAAAUCGUACGACGCUCCUCUUUCUUCAAUAGUAGAUCUACAAACCGUGCGACGCCGCGCGGACAGCGGUCUUCAUGUGGUUAGACCUGCCGCAGCAUUGUCAGAUCUACACAUGCCCAGACCGCGCGCAGCUUUAUCACACUCCUGGUUACUUCCUGAAUCAGGGUUAGCUUGCUGCUGUGUUUGUUAGUAGCAUGUAGAUGAGAGCCGAAGACAGUAAAGCAGGCUGCUGGAGGUGACUUUCCAGAGGAGCAGACACAUAAAGAUACACUUUUGGCGAGAGUUUGCUUCGACAACAUGGAUUACUGGAGUGCCUUAGAGGUGUAUAAGGAGAUGGUCCUGCUGUACCUGGAGGAGGGCCGGCGGCAGGUCAACUCGCGCUGCACGGACCUGGAGCCUUGGCAGAUCAUCGGGGCGACAGUCAUCACCACCAUGGGAGCGGUCUGGAUCAAAGGCUUCCUGUUCCAGCAAGAAAGUCUCCUGUCCCGAAUCAAGAAGCUGUGCUUUCGACUCAUCAGAAAAAUACCCUUUAUUGGCGCAACUAUCCAGAGCCAGCUCAACAAGGCUUUGGAUGACAUGUCUACCAGUCUGUGUACUCUGAAGGCGGGGAUGAGCUACACUAAGCAGCUGCCCUCUAAAGGCCUCUCUCAGAGCCAAGUGCUGGACAAAAUCAGAGAGUACGAGACUCUGAAUGAGGUGAAGUGGGAGAACGGAUGUGUUUCGGGGGCAGUGUACUGGGGUGAUGAAUCGCUGACCAAUCUCCUGGUGAAGGUAUAUGGAGAUUUUGCUUGGAGCAACCCACUUCACCCAGACAUUUUUCCUGGCGUAAGAAAGAUGGAAGCAGAGGUUGUCAGAAUGGCUUGCACACUUUUCCACGGUGGACCGAGCUCCUGCGGCGCAGUGACUUCAGGGGGAACUGAGAGCAUACUGAUGGCCUGCAAGGCGUACAGAGACAUGGCGUACGAACGUGGUGUCAAAUACCCUGAGAUUCUUGCACCUGUGAGUGUCCACGCAGCAUUUGACAAAGCAGCGCAUUACUUUGGGAUGAAGCUUGUUCACGUUCCGCUUGACAAGAAAACCAUGAAAGUAGACGUGAAGGCCAUGAAGAGAGCCAUCAACAAAAACACCGCCAUGCUUGUGUGCUCGGCGCCUCAGUUUCCUCAUGGAAUCAUCGAUCCCAUUGAGGAAGUCGCCAAGCUGGCUGUGCGCUAUAGCCUCCCACUGCAUGUGGAUGCCUGUCUGGGAGGUUUUCUCAUUGUGUUCAUGGCCAAGGCUGGUUACCCACUCGCCCCGUUCGACUUCAGGGUAAAAGGCGUUACCAGCAUCUCUGCAGACACCCACAAGUAUGGUUACGCCCCCAAAGGUUCCUCUGUGAUCCUCUACAGUGAUAAAACGUACCGUCACUACCAGUACUUCGUAGCUCCAGACUGGCAGGGGGGAAUCUACGCCUCGCCCUCCAUUGCAGGCUCCAGGCCCGGAGGAAUCAUCGCCGCCUGCUGGGCGACCAUGAUGCACAUGGGAGAGAAUGGAUACAUCGACGCCACCAAGAAAAUCAUCAGCACAGCGCACAAAAUCAAAACAGAAAUCGGCAAGAUGAAAGGUGUGUUUGUGUUUGGGGACCCGGAGGUGUCCGUGGUGGCAAUAGGCUCCGAUGUUUUCGAUAUUUUCCGUCUGUCUAAUGCUCUGACGUCAAAGGGCUGGAAUCUGAACACACUGCAGUACCCAUCCAGCAUCCACAUUUGUUGCACAGUUCUGCACACGCAGCAGGGCGUCGCUGAUCGGUUUGUCAGUGAUGUCAGAGAGCAGGUCGCCAUCAUCAUGAAGAACCCCAAAGAGAAAACCACAGGAAUGGGAGCGAUCUACGGCAUGGCCCAGUCCAUCCCAGACAGAUCCAUGGUGACGGAGAUCUCCCGAGGUUUCCUGGACUGUCUCUACAGCACUGAGGUGUCCCUGUCAAGCACCAGCCACAUGAACGGCAACGGCAAAGCCCACUGAAGCAGGAUUGGGCCCUCCUGGCCAGACCCCACUGCACGCAGGGAAACACGCUCGCCUCCUCCCAGAGCUCCGAGCUAAUUGCUCAACGGUUGCCUUAUCUUGCAUACAUCCACCAUACGGAAAACAUCUGCAAAGAUCUUUGAAGCACAAGUCAUCGCGCGCGUGCGUAAAGUUCAUUUCAAUUGUAGCUUGUGUUAAAGGCAUAUGUUUGUCAUAAUCUCCACUGAUUAGCAAAAUCAUUCCAUAUUUCUUUUACUGCCGGAACAUUUCAGCUUGUUGCCAUUCACUAUCUGUGAUGACUCAGCAAAAACACAGACCACUGAAAGCUUGUUAGCAGCGCUUUGCUGCCCUCUAGCAUGAAACCUGAUGUACUGCUUUAGACUUAGAAGCUGUAAGUUUUCAUCAUGUGGUAGUUCUCUGGAAGACAGCUUUUUUAAAUGUAAACACUCUGUGAUGUCCAGACAAGAACAUAUCAGGUUAAUCUGUAAAUCACUUGAAAUUACAAUUCUGAUGUUUAUGGUAGAAGUUUGUCUAUAAGCAUGAACGUGCAUGUCCUUUGUUUGUUGGCACUUAGGGGGAUGACCAUUUAUUUUGUUUCAAGUCUGCAUUCGUGCUACAGUGGUUGGAUUUGUAGACGAAGGGGGGAUGAUUUGGAUAGUGGGAGAUUUUAAUGUCGUUAAUAUUUAAUAAAAUUGUCUUUAUAUAGGGAGAACUUGUAACCAGGCCAUGAAUAUUUUUAAAAGGGGAAAGUGGAAUACAAAGCUUAUUGGCCACUUUGGUGGCUUUGUGAUUGUUGUUCAGUUGGAAAAGAACUUCACACAGUAGCUGGUUUGUAAAGUAAGCAAUGAAAUUGAACAGAUUGGACUGAAGGUUGUUUCCAACCCUGGUCCUCUGUAUAUUAUCAAGAAGCAGAAACUCACUCGUCUGCAUAGAGUCACUCGUCUACAGCCUUGUUUUAAUCAUUUGUCUCCUAAUUCAAUCUACCUCAGUUUCUACUCGUUGCAAACGUCAUUCCGUCAGCCACAAAGCACGUUCUAACAGGGCAAGUGUGUUUUUUUUUUUUUGUUUUUCAUUCCUAACAUAAACUUCACAAUGUUAGGACCUUUGACAAACUGUAAUAAAGUGUUUUUAGAUAUACUCCUACUGAAGGGAAACAGAUCCAUUGUGAUGGAGGUUUUUGAUCCACAGACUGACAGAUUUGAUAGUUUUAUGUUGGGACCCAGUCUGCCCUGUCUGAAUGUUCAAUAUGUUUUAGUAGAUAUCCGUUCAGCAGGAUAUGUAUACAUAUACUAACAGGUUGACAACGUAACAAUGCAUUCUGUAACACCAAAACAACUUGUUCUUUCUUUUAUGUGCUUUCCUAAUAUUGCUUGUUGAAAUUAUUUCUACGUUUGUGCAAUAUAUAACUUUUCCUUUUGUGAAGUGAAACGAAGAGGAACGCUCUACUAUAAAUGUUUUAAGUCAUUAGAAACUUAUUGAAUGACAGCAUAUCGGCCUCGUUAGUAUAAUUUAACCAUUUGUGUGACCACUGGGUGUUUAUUAAUCACUUAAUUUGUCAGUGUUUGUGUUUUUACAUACUGAGCAUUUUUAAAGAGAUUAGAUAUGAAUGUAUUUAAGUUCUUACAUGUGCAAGGACUUCUCCAUCUUUUAGUAAGUACCUGGUUGAAAGACUGAUGACAUCCCCACUAACGAGUUAAACUCCUCCCAUCAUCAUGUGUCCAUCCAUCCUUUAAUACUGUGCCCAGUGACUGGGGGGAAACCCCUGCCCGUGCAAAAAAGACUUUUCCAGCAGUGAACCCUCCUGUUUGCUUUUGGAGAAAUGUCUUCAAAAAUUGUGAAGAUUGAAUGGCUAAGAAAUCUCUUUUGAAUAAAAACAUUUCUUUUGAAAA